AUGGAUAUUCAGGAUCAUGUUUUAUCAUGGUUAGCUUCCAACAAGAUAAGCAUAAUUCAUACCAAUGCCUUUAAUGGUUUACCAAAUUUACAGGAACUGUAUAUUUAUAACAACAAAAUAACCGUAUUGAACAAAGAUAUUUUCCUGGGACUUUCGAAAUUAGAGACUCUGGCAGUAAACGGCAAUCCUCUACACUGUGGCUGCAUCUUGAAUGAUUUUGUCAGGUUUUCCCAAUCAAGAAACUUGACGUUAGGACGUAAGUCUGAACCAACAUGUUCAACUCCCAGUAAUCUGGCGAGAGUAUUUUUGCGGGAUCUCCCUUUAAAGGAUAUGGACUGUGACCUCACGACAGCAAAAACGCCAGUAAAGGAAACGUCAGGUAAAAUGACAUUUUUUUAGUUAAGAAACUUUCACUGAUUUGUUUACAUUUCCUCAUAGACAACAUAUCCUAUAAUAGGCAACUCUUUUUGGACUCAGCCGAAGUUGAACGGUCAGGUAGGUUUACAACAUAUAGUAACAUCGAUGUUGA